GAAGCACUGCAGCAUGUCACGUGUGCCCACUGUACUGUUGGUCUUAGCGAGCGCCGCAAUCCUCGCGGCGGGCGGCCAGGAAGCAACCGACGACCCGUUCGCGGACGAAACCGACCAGUGCCAGAUCAGCGUUAGUGCCGAGACGAUGCAAUCCCUGCACGGCGGAUCGAUGCAGCCGGACGGCACGUGCGACAACCUGUGGGCAAGCUUUCUGUCCCAGUUUCACCAUGUCAGGUCAAACCUAACCGCGUGCCAGGAGCGGGCAGCCGCCGGACCAGCGCCCGAUCCCUCCAGCCAAUUCUGCCAGCAGCUGCUGGACGAUGCGCAGCGGCAGAUGGAGCAGGAGCAUCGCCAGCACGCCGCCACGCUAGAGGAGCAGCUGCACGCGGCGCAGCAGGAAACCCAGCAGGAGCAGGAGAUGAAGCGGGCGCUGCAGAAGCAGCUCGACGCGCUCACCGACACCCGCAACGCGCUCUACAUCGAUCUGCUGCUGGCGAACAUUGCGAUCGGCGAAACGAAGCAAGCCCUCUCCUACUACAACCUGAUGCCGGCCAGCCUGCCCACCGACAAGCUGCACGAGCAGAUCGUGCGCUUCGUCUACCGGGUGACGAUCUACCAGGACCAGCGGCUGCUCAACCUGAUGCGGUUCGUGCGCGACAUCCCCAGCGUGGACGAGCGGCGCUCGCUGUACCAGCUGGCGCAGCGCGAAAUACAGAAGCGCCCGAGCCAGCGGGACGGGUACGUGGCGGCCGUGUUUGCGCUGAGCGUGCGCGAAGAUUUGCCCGUCUACCAGGCGAACCGGCAGCUGUACGACGACCUCAUCCGGCAGUCUGAGAGCCGCCUCCGGGAGCAGGUGGCGAACGGUAACUUCAAGCAGGCGGCCGAGCUAGCCGCCCGCCAGCCACAGCACUUCCGGCAGCUGCAAACCAGCCUCGCCACGAUCGAGCUGAAGCACUGGCCCAAGUUCGACCGGUUCGUGCCGUACGCUAACGCGCUGCCCCAGCCAGCCCAGCGGCUGGAGGUGCUGCGCGUGCUGCUGGGCCAGAUCGGCGACAGGGAGAAGAAGACUUCGCACAAGUAUCUGGUCCAGGCGGCGCGGCAGUUUGACAUUUGCGAGCAGUUCAUCGGCCGGGGCAAGGUGGACCAGGCGGUCAAGAAGCAGCUGGAGGAGCUGCGCGGGAAGUUUGCCACGUUUGCGAACGGCAAGAGCUACCAGCACUAUCUGAGCGAGUCGCGCAAGUCGUCCGGCUAGGGCGUCGGCGACGAGCUACAAGUGAUUCAAAGCCUGGCAGGCGAGGAACCCCCGUGCCGUGUCGUGUAGCGCAAACCCCUUCACCAUCAGUGCACAGUGAAAUAAAGCAACAAUAAAAAUUAAAAAAAAUGUUAUCAACAUA